GCCGGCAUUUGCUGCGUGACACUACACACAACACCCAGUCUCCCAGAUUAUUACACUGUUAGAAGAUGGCGACACUUAGUAGCGCUACGAUACAACCCCUCCUGGGUCUCCUCUUCGAGAAGAGCAAUUCGGGUGCCACUCUCCAGUACGGUCACUUAACGCCUGAACACUUAUUACAAGGUCUGGCUAUGGAAUCGGGACCGCCUACUGUGGCAGCUGAGUCGAUAAUUUCAGCUAUUGUGGACAAAUUAAAUAACAACCCCUUUCCGGACCACUCUAUUAACACUUUAUUAGCCGACUUCCCUAUGAAGAAUGAAGAUAUCACUGAUCCGUCAAAGCGUGUCCAAGCCAUUUCCGAGGCAUUUAGUAAGAUUGAGGAGGAUAGUGGCCUCUGCUUAAAAGCUCGUUCUAUACUUCCCACUCCGCCGUUGCUGCCGUCAUCAGAAAGUGAAAUGAGAUGGAUGAAUCCAUCAGGUAUACAAUACGCUUUUAAAUGGGAUUCGACGAUGUGUAUAGACAACUCCCCCGAUACUCUUCUGAUUAUAGCAUUUAACGAAGCGCUUAGCCCAACGCAGCAGUCGACCUUAAGGGAUGCGUUCGAGACUGACACCAAUCUAGUAUUCAGCAAUGAAAUAUCGCCUCAGAAAUUGCCAGAGUUGGUGGAAAAUAACCCUUUGAUCGCCGUAGAUGUUCUUCUAAAACUCAGUUCGUCACCAAUUAUAUCGGAAUAUCUCGGUGUGUUAGUGAACAUGGAUAUGUCACUGCACUCAAUGGAAGUCGUGAACCGCCUGACUACAGCAGUUGAUCUGCCAACAGAGUUCAUUCAUUUAUAUAUUAGUAAUUGCAUACAUCAAUGUGAGAAUACGGAGGAAGGAUUCACGCAACUACGAUUGGUCAGGCUGGCCAGUGUCUUUUUGCAAGCUUUGCUCCGGAACAAAAUAAUCAACGUACGGGAUAUCUACGUUGAGGUGCAAGCUUUUUGUGUAGAAUUCAGCACAGUCAGAGAGGCCGCCGGGCUUUUCCGUCUAUUAACGUCGCUGAACAAAUCGGAAAAUUCAGGAGAGCAUGACAAUGGAUCCUAUCUCGACGACGAUGGCUACUAGUACUAUUGCUGUAACGAAGCACACCAUUGAAAAAUAAAAUUUUGUGUUUACGCGUAGUAUAUCGUUUGCAUCGAGUUGCAUACUCGGUUUUUAUCCAAG